AUGGCGUCACCUAAUGACAUACACAACACUGAAAUACCGAUUAGACAUCGUAUGGAGGCUCUUGUUAGGCUAAAGCAACGAGAAAUCACUCAAGCUAUAGAAAAUAUCGAUCAGGUUAAAUUUCACACAGAUGCGUGGGAAAGAGGUGACAAAGGUGGUGGAGGCCAAUCUAUGGUAUUACAGAACGGUGAAGUGUUUGAGAAGGGGGGUGUUAACAUCUCCAUUGUCCACGGGACCUUGCCUGCUCAGGCUGUAAGUAGAAUGAGAGUCAACCACAAGAAUUUGAAGGGAUGUGGAGAAGAUGGCAGUGUUAAGUUCUUUGCGUGUGGUUUAUCCUUAGUAAUUCAUCCAAACAACCCACACGCACCUACUACCCAUGCCAAUUAUAGGUACUUCGAAACUACUGACCCCGAGACUAACGAAGUCCAGACAUGGUGGUUUGGAGGUGGUGCAGAUUUGACUCCUUCGUAUUUGUAUGAGGAAGACUGCAAGCUCUUCCACCAAAGUCAUAAGGAUGCCUUGGAUAAGUACGAUACCACAUUAUACCCCAAAUACAAGAAAUGGUGUGACGAAUACUUCUACAUUAAGCACAGACAAGAAACUAGAGGCGUGGGUGGUAUCUUUUUCGAUGAUUUUGACGAUAGACCAGCCGACGAUAUUUUACAUAUCAUCGAGUCAUGUUUCAAUGCUUUUUUGCCUUCUUAUAUUCCAACUGUCUUGAAAAGAAUGAACACUCCCUUCACAGACGAACAGAAGCAUUGGCAGCAGAUCAGAAGAGGUAGAUAUGUCGAGUUCAACUUAGUGCUAGAUAGAGGCACUCAGUUCGGCUUACAGACCCCCGGCUCAAGAGUAGAAAGUAUUUUGAUGUCUUUGCCAGCCACAGCAAGCUGGGUCUACGAUCAUCAUCCAGAGGAGGGAACCGAAGAAGAUAAAUUGGUUAAAAUAUUGCAAAAUCCAAUUGACUGGGUUUAA